GUGGCAAAUCGGUGUCUCGCCUCGCUCGUUCACCAGGCCAAUUUUGUGCUUGAUUGUCUUCCCAUCAACCAUCCACUCCUGGUUUCUACGAUUUUCACGAACCCAUCCGUUCUUGAUGAUCUACGAGAACAUGGAGACUCGAAGUGGAUGGAAGGAACCGGAAUACCUCCGCACAUUGAGCUCUACAAAAAACUGCAUAAUCAGCAAAAGGAGAUUGACGCGCUUCCGGGCAUUCUUGAGCAGCGUAUGGAAAAAGUACUGGAAAGAAAGGUGUAG